AUGGCGACGCGUGUGAAGGAUGUGGCUCGGCGGUCGACCAAGAAGUACGUGGAGGAGGCGCUGUACCGGCGUCUGUUCCGGAAGGGGUCGACGCCGCAGGCGGUGCGGGAGGAGGUGGACGGCUUCCUCGACAGCCGGAAGCGGGCGUUCAAGUGGGAGGUGGGCGUUUGCGUACGCCGGAUGCGGCGGAACGCGCUCUACCGCCCGGCGCUCAAGCUUUCUGAAGUUAUGGCGAGAAGAGGCAUGAAUCCUACUGUUAGUGAUCAAGCAAUCCGCCUGGAUCUCGUUGCCAAAUCGAGAGGCAUCGCUGCUGCCGAGAAGUACUUUUUGGACCUCCCAGAAACUUCCAAGACUCAUCUUACAUAUGGCGCUCUUCUCAAUUCUUACUGCAAAGAGUUGAUGACUGAGAAGGCCGAGUCUCUUAUGGAGAAAAUGAAGGAGCUCAACUUUGCUUUCACUGCCAUGUCCUUCAACAGCCUAAUGACAAUGUACACCAAAGUCAACCAACCUGAGAAGGUCCCCAGUAUCAUUCAGGACAUGAAGGCAGAUGACGUAUUGCCAGAUGUCUUUACUUACAAUGUUUGGAUGAGGGCGCUUGCAGCUCUCAAAGACAUACCAGGGGUCGAGAGGGUGAUUGAAGAGAUGAAACGGGAUGGCCGUGUUGCUCCUGAUUGGACAACAUACAGCAACCUGGCUUCCAUAUACGUUGAUGCUGGGCUGUUUGAGAAGGCAGAGGCUGCUCUUAAGGAGCUUGAGAAGCGGAACACCAGCAAUGACGUGGAAGCCUACCAGUUCCUUAUUACAUUUUAUGGGCGUACACAGAAUUUAGUGGAAGUUCACCGUGUCUGGCGAUCACUGAAGCGGAGUAACCCUAGAAUGGCAAACAUGAGCUACCUUAACAUGAUUCAGGUUUUGGCCAACUUGAAGGACCUUCCUGCCGCCGAAGCCUGUUUCAAGGAGUGGGAAGCCCAGCACAUCCAUCCACCUAAGACCAAUGCAAAGGACCCUACGGAAGAUAAGACAUCCACUGCAGAUCCAGAAUCUUCAAGUAACCUGCCUAAUAAUCAGUCUGGCAAGGCAGCGCAGGACCUCCAACCGAAGCAUCCAAAAUAUGACAUCCGGGUAGCAAAUGCUAUGAUCAAAGCAUACAUUACCGAGGGCAUGCUUGACAAAGCUGUCGCCGUGAAGAAACGCGCCAAGAUGCACGGCGGAAGACUGAACGCCAAGACAUGGGAGAUCCUCAUGGAGCAUUACCUCAAGACGGGGGAUCUCAAGAUGGCCCAUUGGUGCGCGGACCGCGCGAUCAAGAAGGGGCACAGCAGCGGCAGGAUCUGGGUGCCGCUGCCCGCCGUAACGGAGACCCUGAUGAGCUACUUCGAGGUGAACAAGGAUGUCGACGGGGCCGAGCAGUACGUGGAGGCUCUGAAGAAGGUGCAGAAGGAUCUGGGCGCGCUGGUGUUUGAGCCGCUGGUGCGGACGUACGCAGCUGCCGGGAAGAAGUUCCCCGGGAUGCGGCAGCGGCUGAAGAUCGAGAACGUGGAGGUUGGGGAGGAAACGGCCCAGCUGCUUGAUUCUAUCUGCGGUGAUCAAUAG